AUGUGCCGGAUUUGGGGAGGAUGGACGAACACGCAGACGUUGAUUGUAAUGUGUACGCGGCAGAGCAGCAAUAGUAAUUUCGGAGGACGGCGACAUGUAUUGACGGUAAGCAGAACGAGAAAUACUCCCAGUAUAAGCACAAAUUUGAAGGAAGCCCUUUGGGAAAAGAUUCCCGUUCACUACGACCUAUUACGGAAUUUUCGCGAACGGUACGGCUCCACCGUAGUCAGUCACGUCACCGUGGAAAACAUAUACCAGGGAUUGAAUGGCGUGAACACUAUGGUUAGAGAAACAUCAGAAACUGAUCCAAAACAUGGUAUCAAGUAUAGGGGAUUGACGCUACCGGAAGUUGUUACUCUUUUACCGCGUCAAGGGAAGUCGCCCAGCGCGGAAGCUGUAUUUUGGUUGUUACUUACCGGCGACGUUCCAACACAGGAACAAACCGCCUCGUUAAUCGCUGACUGGUCGGUACGACGUCAAAGAAGGAAAUAUUGGUGGUCCGGGCCAGGUGGUGGAAUUGUUGGUUCCGUUCUUCAAACUCUUCCGAAAACAACUACACCUCUGGGAAAAUUAUCAGUGGCCCUCGCGAUCUUCGACUCCACCAAACAUCUGAAAGAGGCAUUGAAAAAUCGAGCUUCGAGUCAUACAUACUGGGAAUACACGUAUGAGGAUAGUAUGGAAUUGAUUGCCACGUUGCCGGCAAUAGUCGGGCUGAUCGCAAAAGGUAGCGGAUUAAAAGAAGUGAAAGAAGACGGUGACUGGGUACAGUUUCUAAUGGAAUGUUUAAGCGACGCAUACGGCAUUUCGGAAAGUCAGAAGAAGUCAAUGACGGACUUUCUCCGAUUAUAUGUUACUUUGAAUGCGGACGAAGAUGGAGGUUCUCCUGCUGUUCAUGUAACAGAAAUACUUGGAGCCACUCAAUUGGCUGUUAACCAUGCUCUAGCUGCUGGGGUUUUGGCAUACGCUGACGAACCAAGAAGCGGUACUAUGGCACAAUAUAUGGAAUUUCAAUCGAAGAUACAAGGCCUUCUUGGUCGAGAAUCAAAAGAGGAGAAUAUAAAGAAUUAUGUGACUCUGAUCGCUAAAGAUAAAUUAAUUGGAUGUAAAGAAACAGACAUUUCUGAUCCACGAUACACCGCGUUGUCGCAUUAUAUCACGGAAAAUUUACCAGACAAUUCCGAUGUAAAGCUGUCUCGAGCAAUUACACGAAUACUAACUACAAUGAUGAAAACUACAAAAGGAAGGACACUUCAUCCUGAUCAGACAACAAUUGCAGCACCAGUUUUCCAGUCCUACGGAUUGAACGACAUGAAAUUCAAUCAACUGUUAUUGUGCAUAUCAAGAGCAUUGGGUGCAGUCGCGUCUAUAAUUUGGGCACGAGCUGUUAACACAUCUGUUGAGCAUCCAGCUUCGAAAUGCACUUACAGUUAUCUGGAAUCUAUUCAAGGAACGUAUCGAAAACGUACACGUGGUAAACACGUCAAAAACACGCGGCCGUAA